CUCCUUUCCCUGUGCGUCCAAUGAACUCCUUUCUUUUGCACUGUGCUUAUUCAGUGUAUUUCUUUAAAAGUUUCAGCUGGUGCUUAUACUCGUAUGCCCUUAUUUGUUUGCACGACUAAUGUUAAUGCGCUUAAAAAAGGUUAAGUUACAACAACGCAAGUUAGCUGGUGGGACUCGGUCUGCUAAACAUUUUGGCUACACAUUUUUUGUAUUUUUUUUUUUUUUUUAAAUAAUAAGAAAGUGGACUGCGGCUUCCGCAUUGAGCGACUGCAUAGGUUUGGAAAGUGGAAAAAAAGUUGAAACGUAACUAACAGUGUCAGACAGUAUCCUGUUGGGAGCAGAAUAACUUGUGCGAGCACGGCGUUCCCACGUUUUAGCUUUAAAAAGUUCCAUCACUGGAAUAUACAAAUAAAAAACAAUUAUAAAAACAACAACACCACCUGUUCCACACAACACUAGACGGAAUACAGUUUUUGCUCUUUUAUAUUGUACUGUUGGUUUGGAUAUCCCGUGAUUUAUGGAUAUGAAGAAACUAGACGGGACUAAUGUAAAGGUAUUUGCUAGUUCUGUUGUGUUUUUCAAAUAGAAAAAAAAAAGUUACGGUACGACACAAUUCAUACAUAAAUCAUUAUCUGCGUAAUUUUAAUUUACGUUUGUUUUGUUUUUUUCUAGUUUAUUAUUAGGCAUUUAUUUUAAAGAUUAAUGAGAAAAUUGACGUGAUUAAAUUAGCAAGGCUGUAUCUGAGUUCUCCUGGUAUCAGACCGAGGCGACUGUGAAACUAAUUUGCCUACAUUAAAGACUUAAGCGAAAUAAUAUUAACAGCGUAUUGAACUUGUACACAGCCUAAAAGAAAAGAAAAAAGCUACGAUGGAUAAAUACGACGAUCUAGGGCUGGAGGCUAGUAAAUUUAUUGAGGAUCUCAAUAUGUAUGAGGCAUCCAGAGAUGGACUGUUCAGAACAAGAAGAGACGCGGGCAACAAUCCGGACUUUGAAGAAACCAGAAAAGUUUUUGCCUCUAAAAUGACAAAAAUCCAUUUGAAAAAACACCAAGAGGAAAUUGCAAACAAUAAUCUAGCCGCAGCCACUGCGGCAUCUGGGAGGGUUAACGGAGGGGUUGUCGGUUGUCACAAGAUGAAUCUGCUGCAGAACAGAGCUUCGGACAACGCGGUGUUAUACACCAACAGGCCACCUAUCAACAGUAACAACAGACGGGCUGGUGAAGCCGCAGCCAAACCGCCGAUAUUGUCGGGACCCAUGUCUGGCAAUGUCAACACAAACCAGCACCUUUAUGAAAUGCAGAAACUGAACAGAUACCCACAAGAAGAGCUCUCAGCCAGCAGGUGUCCCAUCAGUGGAAACAAUUAUGAGAGCCAGACGGUUGGGGAGCAUCCUUUGAAGCAACAAACAGGCCCAGGGUGCAGCAGGGCUGGGUCACACAAUCGGUUUCCCAGCCAGGAUGACCAAGAAGCUACAAGCCCCAUCUUUACUGACCCGAAUCCACAAUACCAACAGCAGCAACACAGAACCUUGGAGCAGAAGCCAGUAGGUCAGAGGUCUGCCUCAUUUUCCAAUACUCUGCCCCCAUUGUUGCCUUUGUCCACUGCACCAUCUUUCAACCAAACACAGACAGGGCUGCCUCACCAACGAUCUUUCUCUACCCCUUCCUCCACUGCAUCUUUCCAGAGCUGUCCUAUCCAAAAGGCCACAGCUCCAGAUGUGAGAAAUGCAGGCAGCAGUCCAGAAACUGAGCCUCUAGGCCCAGACAGUCCUGUUAAACCUAACACUGACUGCAACUACCACUAUUACCAGCAGCAACAACAGCAGGAACCACAGCAUCCCAGCCAGCAACCUUCCAGUCAUGAAGUAGUGUAUUCUGCUCUAGGUGACACCAGACCUGAAGGUGAGCUUUAUGAUUUCAUACAACAUGGUCAGCAGCCCGAGAGUCCAAGAUCUCGCUGUCUGCCGUAUCCAGUGGGCCCGAACUGGCAGGAUUUCUCCAGCAACCUCUCGGUGCACGCCGAACAAGUUCCAUUUGACACCAAUGACAAUGGAGGUGGCUUUAGCAAUGCAAGCAGCCAGCCACUUUUCCCGCAGUCCAGCUCCAGAAGCUAUACCGAGGGUCAUCCUCCAAGCAGCCAGCUGGCCGCUGCUGUCCCGGUCAGCUCGACUUUUGACAGUCCUCCUCCUCCGUUGCCAACAAGCAAUUCUCAGCGGGGAUCUUCCUGUGACAUCUCCACUCAGGAAACCUCCACCCCACCCAGGGUGAUCAAACUGCCCUGCCAGACUCUUCUUGUACAGCCGGAUGAGGGGCUGUCUGCUGCCGAAAUAAAAUUAGAAGCUAUUACUAAGCGCCUGGAACAAGAGAUGGAAGCGAAAGUGGAUUACUUUGGGACCUGUGUGAAGUGUAACAAAGGCGUCUAUGGAGCGAGGCAGGCAUGUCAAGCCAUGGGGAACCUGUACCACAACGUUUGCUUCACCUGCAGUGCCUGCAACAGGCGACUCCGGGGCAAAGCUUUCUAUUAUGUGUGUGGGAAGGUGUACUGUGAGGAGGACUUCCUGUACUCUGGUUUCCAGCAGUCAGCAGACAAGUGUAAUGUUUGUGGGCACUUGAUAAUGGACAUGAUCCUUCAGGCCCUGGGGAAAUCCUAUCACCCGGGCUGUUUCCGCUGUGUGAUCUGUAACGAGGGGCUGGAUGGUGUGCCUUUCACCGUGGACACUGAAAACAAGAUAUACUGUGUCCGAGAUUACCACAAAUCAAGAGUCCUUGCACCAAAAUGUGCAGCCUGUGGCCAGCCAAUCCUGCCCUCUGAGGGCUCUGACGAAACUAUCCGUGUCGUGUCCAUGGAUAGAAACUAUCACGUGGAGUGUUACCACUGUGAGGACUGUAAGAUGGAACUGAAUGAUGAGGAAGGACACCGCUGCUUCCCUCUGGAUGGGCACCUGCUUUGCCACUCCUGUCACCUCAAGCACAUCGACAACGGGACCUCGACGCUGCCUUCCUCAGUCUACCAGCAUCAGUUCUAGAAGUCGCAUCUCCAGCCAGACUCUAGCCAUUGGAUUCAGGUCUCACUAAACCAGGAUGCUUUUCUACAUACCUCAAGACUGCACCCCUUUUCCUGAGCUUGAAUUGUCUAGUCUGCCCUGAAUGUAGUACAUAGACUGGAGGGUUGAGAAAGGGGUGCGCUUGCUAAGAUAGUUAACCCUUUUACACUAUGUUGAAUGGAAUAAAAACAUCAGAUUGUUGCUAAAGGUUGGAUAACAAGUAAGAUGUAAAUGAAUUUCUUUGAAUGAGUGCAUUAGGUCUCAACAGUAAAUGAUCAAAUGGUUUAUUGACACAGCUUAAAUAAGUUUUGUGUUCCUUUUAAAAUGUACAGUUCACCAUAGAGGUUUAAGAAACAGUAGCAAAUUUGGUGAAACAGCCUUGCUGCUGAAUUACAUAAAAUGAGAAGAUUAACAUGAUUAAGGUCAGUUGCGCUGCAGUGGUUUAUAAUAAUAAUUAUUGAUGUUUUCCUCAUAAGGGAACCGGCUUGAUCUUUGUAUUCAUUAUUCUAGACCUAAAAAGGCAUUGUUCUGGAUCCCAGCAAUACACGGGGCCCACCAUCACUGUGAGCUUGCACUGCUGUGGAAGCAAAUGGCUGUCUCUGGCUUCCAUGGUGAUUUUCUCCAACCAAGACAGACAACUGCCUUUAGGAUAUGCAGCAGUUCGUAUUUGUCUAAAAUUUUUUUGGACAAAAGUUCAGUUUCAAAAGUGUCACCUAUUAGAUUAAUCUGUCAGUUAAUUCACAACAAAGUGACAGAUUACUGUAAAACAGAAUUUUUUUGCGGCAACUUAAUUUCGCUAAUGGCCUUCAAGGUCAAUUUUUGCUGCCUUAAAUGUUUGCGCUUCUUUUUUUCUUUUAAUGUACGGAAGAUGUAUGAGUAAUAUAUUUCACGGCACAUUUUAAUUUUGAGGAAUAUUUUUAAUAAACACGAAAUUAGCAAACAUUUUUCUCGUGAAAUGUUCUUGUUUUACAGUACUUUGAUUUGGUGGUUACACCACUAAGUGUUUUGAGUGCACAACACCAACAAAAAACCCAAGAGUAAGCAUGAGUGUGACCAUGAACUGAAGGAGUAUAGAGACGUCUCCUCUGGUACUGCAGUUUAACUUCUCCCAAGGGAUACCUGGUUGGUGUAGGAAAUGACAAACUGUUGACUUUCACUGUCGGGAGACUGAACCAAAUCAAAUAUCAGAGGACUUUAUAUUAUUUUGUUUCCUUUUUAUUUGUAAAGAAACUUAAUAAAAUAUAUUAUUCUUCAAAUGCAUAUUUUUACACAAAACUUUAGUACAGUGUAUUAGUUAGUCAUGCUGAGUGUGAGUACAUUGCUGGUUUAAGUAGAUAAGAUGAUAAACAUGCAUAAGCUUGGGCUUGAUUAUUGGUUAUUAGCUAGAGCUCAUUAAUAUAUUAAUCCUAGUUGUCAUGCAAAGAUGUUAAAUUACAAAAAGGCUUGAGUUUCCACAGCCCCCAUUUUGAGUAAAAAUAUAUAUAUUUUUUUUGUUAUAAUUAUUUGUAUCUUAUUACAAUUUCAGAAAAAUAGUAGGCUAUUUUUAAAAGCCGACCCUAUCCCCUCUCAGUUGUUGUAUGAAUGAGAAUGAAUAGUUCUGAGAACAAACAGUAGUGUUGUUUUAUUCCAUACUUCCAUGAUUUGGCCUAAGCUGCCUUAUUUUCCUACUUUUUUUUGUUUCAAAAUAAUAUUCUCAAUUUGUGUGACUUUGUAGGAACAGAUGAAAGUUAUAUAUUUUGGGAAAAAUACAAUUAGUGAUUUUUGUGAAUCCCAACAGUGGCAUUUAAAGAUGCAUUACACAAGGGUGCUGGCAUUUACUAAUAUAACGGCAUUUUGUGUGAUCUAGCCUGAGUAAUAUAGAUCGAUGACAGGCAAUGUGAACAGAAGAGCAGCCCCUGAACUCAGUCUUAGAGUUCUCAGAAGCAACACACUAUUGCAGUAAUUGCAAUACGAAAGUAAAACAAGUAAAAAGAUUCAUUUUGAAGCUUCUUUCUUUCUCAAUGUUUAACAUUGAAAUGUAACCAAUGACUAAAUCAUGAGAGAAUGUUAAUCGUGUGCUAUAGCGAUUUAACAAUGAUCUAUGUUUCUUCAAUAUCUCUGCAUUAUCAGUUACAAUAUACAGGCUAACAGUAAAGCCAGGUGUUUGUGAUACAAGAGAGCAAACAUUCCUUCUAAUAUUACAGUAUGAGGUAUGCAAAGAUGUUAUCUAAAAAUAAACUAUUUAAUUGUAACAGCUAUCAAAGCCUAAUCAUUUUGAAAUGUGUAUUUUGAAGUUUUUGUUUCAGAACAAGUGGAACUACAUCAAAUGUUCUAUUAGUUUGAUUGUUUUCCAUUAUUGUGCGCUACUUUAUUAUAAAAGGUUUUGUUGACAAUUGUAAUGAAAUAAACAAAACAAUCGUA